AUGGCGCCCAUGGCGCCGGGGCCCCCUCACUUGGGUGCGAUUGCUUCGUCCCACAAGGGGAUCUGCAAUGCCGAAGCAUCCGAGACCGGAUUCUUAAAUUUCAUGCGGCCGGAGCUUCGACGGGACUUAGACCGGCGCCGGCGGGGCUCACGGGAAGAGGGCGUCGUGGUGGCAAAAGUGAAGUCGUCAUUUCACCCAAAGCCUGGCCCGGGAAGGACGCUGCAAGCUGAACCCAGGCCUCCGGAGAAAGGCGGAGCGCCACCCACGCCUUUGAUGAACACGUCGCUCCAGGCAGUGCGGAGGCAAGCGCACCCUGCAGUGAUGACCCCGAAGGUCUACGCGCCAACGCCGAGGGUGGCCGUGCCUCCCAUGCCAGGGCAACGGCCGCCCUACUGGACGCCUGGCAUGCUUCAGCUUCCUGGGUCAAUCAGGGUGUCGCCCUGCAUGUCGCCGGCAAUACCACCGCCGAGGUGGGCUGGUGGUUAUCAGUCGCCAGCUUCAACCCCAGCUCCUUUCACUACAGCACUGUCGGCGUCCGCCCCCCAGGUGUUCAUCCAUCCACAGACGGCGACCACGGAGCGAACGGAGAGGACGCUGGAGCGCACGGAGCAGCCACUGGGGCAGGAGCUGCAAGUGCCACCAGUGGAGAGGAAGACGACCCCAGAGGCCCCUGCACCGGCCGCAAAGACUGCGACUUGGGCAGAGGUGGUCUCCAGGCUGCGAAGCGAAGCGGGGGAUGGCUACUUUGUUUGCAUCAUUGGCGGUGCCGAAAUGCCAGGCACUGACACGAUGAGCCUGCUGUCUUCCCUCGCGCAGGAACUGCACAAUCGUCUGCCCAGAAGUGUGGUGUUUGUGGUUGGCGACUCGCAGGCCAUUCCUGAGGCCUUCGGCGCCAGCACCGAUGCCGAGCCAGAUCGGGUUUGGAACAUCACGGAAGGCUGGCUGCAGGAGCACGGAUUGGCCCCAGGAAGCGAGUCUGAGCUUCUCGCACAAAUAGGCGAUGUCUACAUCUUCGUUGAGGGUGGCGAGGACGUUGCGCGGAUUGCGCGAAAGGCUGCCGAACGAGGAGCAGACCUUGUGCCGAUCAAGAGAAGCGGCGGUGCCAGUGCCGGGCUCUACGAUUUCCCUGCAGAGGCCCUACAGCGACCACCAUUUGUGGGUGAGGCCUGCUGGGCUUUGCUCUCGGAUACUUCAGCCCCAAUCGCCGCUGCCUCUGCUGCGGCCUCUGCUGCCGUCGCCGGCGCAUUGGCAAAGCGCUGCCGGGAGAAGCAGCCUGGCGAGGCCAGCCCCAGCCAUCUGAGUCGGACGUCCCCAGGGCCCAUGGGCAAGGUCGCAAACCUGUGCGAUACCACGACCCCGAGCUGGGCGGCAGCCAACUGGGCCGGCGUCCGUGGAGGAGGCACGCCUGUGGGCGAUGCGGAGAAGUCGGAGAAGAAAACCUUCCCGACGAACCCGGCGCCUCACUUCUUCGCGCCCGCUGUGUGGACCGCCCCAGGGUUUGGUUCCGUGCGCGUCCCUGCCGCGCCCUUUGCAGCGAGAUGGCCAGGCAGCUUUUCCCCUCCUCCUUGGGCCGCCGCCCCCAGAGCCUUCGGAGCCCCCGGAGUUCCCGGAGCCCCCGGAGUUCCCGGAGCCCCCGGGGCUCACUUGGCGCUCCAGAUGCCGGCACCUACUGGCAGCUUCAUGUGGAAUGAGCCCAGGCGAGUCUUCCCCGUCCAGUGGAGAGCACCCGCAGUCGAGGCUCAGCAGCCUCGAGGGCUCGUCCGCUCCUCCUCCGAGAUUAUCAUUGGCCAUGUCGGAGAGAGCGAUGAACGGGCAUACUGCCAGAAGCCUCGCGCAAGCUCACCCUUGACGACCCGUAGCCACGCGAAGUACUUCGCUGCUGACCAAUGA